AUGCAAUCGGUAUGUUUAGAAGGUUUAGAAACCGAGCUGCGGAACCCAAGUACUACAGAGAUAGACACUUUCAGCACGAAUCAGCUACUUAGCUUAAUGAAUAAUGAGGAUCUUGGUGUUGUACAUUGUGUUAAGAAUCUUUUACCUGUUGUGGCCAAUGUGGUGGAUGAGCUUCAUCCCAAAAUCAAGAAAGGAGGCCGCUUGUUUUACUUAGGUGCUGGUACAAGUGGUCGUCUAGGUAUUUUGGAUGCUUCUGAGAUACCUCCGACUUUUUCAGUGCCAUCUGAUCAAUUCAUAGGAUUAAUUGCUGGCGGGGAUGUCGCAUUAAGAAAGGCACAAGAAAAUGCGGAGGAUAACGAAACAGCAGCGGUUGAAGACUUAGAGCCUUUCAAGCUAAACCCAGAAUUAGAUACAAUAUUGGGAAUAGCUUCUUCAGGAAGGACGCCCUAUGUUAUUGGUGCUCUUAGGUAUGCUAAGAAAAUUGGGUGUUCCACUAUAGGCAUUGCUUGUGUAGAGAAAUCAGAAAUGGGAAGAAGUGGUUUCGUGGAUCAUAUGAUAUCUGCAGUUACUGGUCCCGAGAUCAUAACAGGUAGCACUAGGUUGAAAGCUGGUACCGCUACGAAACUCAUAUUGAAUAUGAUAAGUACUGCUACUAUGGUAAAAAUUGGAAAGACAUACGGUAAUCUUAUGGUAGACUUGAUGCCAACAAACCUAAAAUUGAAAGAAAGAACCCGAAGAAUAUUUUGGAUGGUAUGCGGAACCUCUUUUUACACGUGUUCCGAUGGCAAAGUUUCAAAAGAAAGAGAGACUGUUUAUCCCAAUCAUGAAGGAAACAAAGUUGUUGAUAACCUUUUGAGUAAUUGUUAUGGAAGUUUGAAGACUUCAAUUAUAGUUGCUAAAAUGGGAGUAGACAUCACGGCAGCAGUAAAAUAUCUAGAGGAAGCAGACGGCGAUUUGCGUAGUGCCCUUACGUCUUCUAGCCUCCCACUAUUUAGCUUACCAAGUGAGGAUAGUGAUGAAAAGAGCAUUUCAGAUAGUCUCAGCUCAUCUUAUCGUGAAACUUCCUCGAUUUCUUCUGUUGAUUCUGUGCCAAAAAAGAUAUGGGGUUUAUGUUUGGACGUUAGAAUUAACGAAGUUAGAGCCACACUAUACAAUAAAGUUGAUUUAGUGACAAGGGAAUUGAAAAAUUAUUCAAACUUAAAUGAAGAUUUAAUUACUGUGAUAGACAUGGUAAUAAAUAUAGCAUUUGAUAAUGGUGACAAACGGCUCUCUGUUUCAUCUUUAGAAUCUGUUAGAGUUGGUAUCGAGAACAUUCAGGAUGAAAAAAUUAUUCUUGCAUCUUUGGAAAAAGCUUACGGUUUACCGAGAUCUAAAUCUCAAAUUGUUCAUGGUAGAAGUGACUACUACGAGCUUUUAAAAACUGUAUUAUAG